AGUUCCAUUUCCAAGAGAAAAAAAAAAGAAGAAAAAAGAUAGAGAUAGAAAGAGAAAGAGAGGAGAGAGAGGAGAGAAAGGGAAGGCAAUGUCUGGGCAUUGUAGGGGAAGAUAGCAGCAUUUGGUCUCUGAGAAACUCAGCAUCUCCCUCUCCAUCCAAUCUUUUUGUUUUUAAACAUUAUUUGAUUACCCUUUUUGGUCCCUUUGUCGGCUGUUUGCUACCUCUCCUGUUUUCCGGUGUUUUCUGGCUACAUCGCCGGAAUCCCUUCAUUACUUUUUCCUGUUCCGUUCUAUCAUUGCCUGGAAAGAUUGCGUGAAAAGUUGUUAUCUUUUGGUCCUGAACUGUGCUGAUCUGAGAUACUCUAGUCUUUUGAUUCUCUGUAGUAGCAGCGGUGUUUGUCCCCGGAGCUCAGGAAGCUGUUGCCAGCUUUUUUUUAUUGAUUUUAUUGAUCAAAGAAGAUCGCUGAACUUGAGAUGAACAAGUGAAAGUGUGCUUUCCUCGUCUAGAAUCUCGCGAAGUUCAAAUGAAGAUGCCGGCGAAUGGAGCAGGAGCUGCCGCCGCAGCGACGAAUCCGGCUGAAGGUGGUGGAGCGGAGAAGAAGAGCAUAAACCCGGAGCUAUGGCAGGCAUGCGCGGGGCCAUUGGUGAACCUUCCGGCGGCCGGAACUCUCGUUGUCUACUUCCCCCAAGGUCACAGCGAGCAGGUUGCAGCAUCCAUGAAGAAAGAUAUGGACGUGCAGACCCCAAGCUACCCUAAUCUUUCCUCAAUGCUACUAUGUUUCCUUCGAAACGUCACCUUGCAUGCGGACCCAGAUACAGAUGAAGUUUAUGCGCAAAUGGCACUCCAGCCAGUCCCUUCGUAUGACAAGGAGGCAUUAUUAAGAUCAGAUCUUUCUCUUAAGGCUAAUAAACCACAGCCGGAAUUUUUUUGUAAAACACUGACAGCUAGUGACACUAGCACUCAUGGGGGUUUCUCUGUUCCCCGCCGUGCAGCUGAAAAGAUUUUCCCUCCUCUUGAUUUCGCUAUGACACCACCUGCACAAGAACUUGUGGCGAGGGAUUUGCAUGACAACAUGUGGACCUUCCGCCAUAUCUAUCGUGGACAACCCAAACGUCACUUGCUUACAACAGGUUGGAGUCUAUUUGUUAGUGGAAAGAGGCUUUUCGCUGGUGACUCAGUUCUAUUUAUUAGAGAUGAAAAGCAGCAGCUUCUACUGGGAAUAAGGCGGGCUAACAGGCAACCUGCCAAUUUAUCAUCAUCAGUGUUAUCGAGUGAUAGCAUGCAUAUUGGCAUUCUGGCUGCAGCUGCUCAUGCAGCAGCAAACAACAGUCCUUUUACUGUAUUUUAUAAUCCAAGGACUAGUCCAUCUGAAUUUGUUAUUCCUUUGGCCAAGUACUACAAAGCUGUGUAUGGCAACCAAAUAUCACCUGGCAUGCGCUUCCGUAUGAUGUUUGAAACUGAAGAGUCUGGAACAAGAAGGUAUAUGGGUACAAUUACAGGUAUUAGUGAUCUUGAUCCUGUAAGAUGGAAAAACUCACAAUGGCGUAAUCUGCAGGUUGGUUGGGAUGAAUCAACCACAGGGGAAAAACGUACUCGUGUCUCAAUUUGGGAAAUUGAACCAGUCACUGCUCCAUUUUUCAUCUGUCCCCCUCCAUUCUUCAGAUCAAAAAGGCCAAGGCAACCUGGGAUGCCAGAUGAUGAAUCCUCUGAUCUUGAUAACCUAUUCAAGAGGCCAAUGCCUUGGCUUGGAGAUGAUAUGGGCAUGAAGGAUUCCCAGGCUCUGCCUGGGUUUAGCAUGCUGCAGUGGAUGAACAUGCAACAAAACCCUGCAUUGGCUAAUACAUUGCAGCCAAAUUACUCACAUUCCUUGCCCGGGUCUGUUUUGUCAAACCUCACUGGAGCUGAUCUUUCUCGUCAAUUAGGUUUCUCAGCUCCACAAAUGCAGCAGCCCACCAACUUACAGUUCAAUCCACAGAGGCUAUCUCAGCAGGUGCAGCAGCUUGAUCAGCUUCCGAAGCUACCAUCUGCAGUGAAUCCAUUAGGAUCCUGUAUGCAGCAGCAGCAGCAGCUGGUUGAUAUAACUCAGCAAUCAAGGCAAAAUUUGAUCAAUCAAACUCUACCCUCUAGUCAACCUCAAGCCCAAGUUUUGCAGCCUCAGCAGCAAACACUUGUCCAAGGUAACAGCAUUCUCCAGCAGCAGCAACAAUCCAUUCAAACCCAACAACUACCAAGAAGCCUUCCUCAAAGCCUGCAGCAGCAGCCUGUUAUGGGCCUUAAUCAACAUCAAAACCUUAUGCAAUCUCAGUUUUCUGAUCCAGUGAACCAACAUUUACAAGUUCCUGACAACCCGAUUCAGUUGCAACUAUUGCAGAAGAUUCAGCAACAGCAGUCCCUUUUGGCACAGCAGUCUACAGUGCAGCCACCUGUUCAACUUGCCCAACUGCAAGAUCGGCAAAGGCAGCUUUUGGAUGUUUCUCAGAGCUUCCCUCGGUCUGUAAAUCCUACACAAACAUCAGAAAUGGCUCAAGUGAUGCCUGGUUCCCUAUCUCAAUCCCAGGUCAUGGCACAGCAGAUAACCAAAAGUAACAACCAAGCAAAUGCUAGGUUCUCUCAUGCCCCCCAGCAGCAGAAGCUUCAGCAACAACAGCCAGGGAUUCUGCCUGAAAUUUCUGGACAUUUUGGACCUUCACCAUCUCCAACAGCCAAUCAGCUGUCUGCAGUUGCUAGCAAUGUGUUGACAGGGGCUGCUGUAGCUGGGCAGUCUGUGAUUACUGAUGACAAUCCAUCUUGUUCUACUUCACCCUCAACUAACACUUGUUCGAAUGCUCUUCAACCAAUGAUAAACUGCAGAGUUCAAAGAAGCACAGUAUUAGGGGAGGACAUGACUCAGUCUGCUGGGAAUACCUUAAACCCUAAUGCUUUUGAGACCAUUUCCCCGAAUGUCAAUAUAAUCAAGGAUCUGCAGCAGAUAUCUAAUUCUAAACCCUCAUUUAAUAUUUCCAAGAGUCAAAACCAAGGGUUUAUUGCUGGUCAAACAUACCUCAAUGGUGCCACACAGGCAGAUUAUUUGGACACAUCAUCAUCAACUUCAGUUUGCCUGCCUCAGAAUGAGGUCCAUUUACAGCAGAAUCACAACUCAUUAAUGUACAAUCCACCAACUGCAUUAUUGAGAGAUACAAGUCAAUAUGGGGAAGUUCAGGCAGACAUGAGGAGCAAUGUUACAUAUGGGACAAACAUGGAUGGCCAAAUGAUGAUGCCCAUUAACUCUGACACUUUGUUGACUAAGGGGAUGAUGGGAUUGGGGAAGGACUUCUCAAAUAAUAUCCCUUCAGCAGGAAUGCUUACCACUUACGAGAACUCAAAGGAUGCUCAACAAGAACUUUCGUCUUCAAUGGUUUCCCAGUCAUUUGGAGUUCCGGAUAUGGCAUAUAAUUCAAUUGAUUCAGCAUUAAAUGACAGUACUUUUACAAACCGUGCUCCAUGGGCUGCAGCAUCACAAUUUCAGAGAAUGCGGACAUAUACAAAGGUGUACAAACGUGGAGCUGUUGGACGAUCAAUUGAUAUUGGCCGUUACUCGGGUUAUGAUGAGCUUAAACAAGAUCUAGCUCGUAGGUUUGGUAUAGAGGGACAGUUGGAAGAUAGAGGGAGAAUAGGCUGGAAACUGGUGUAUGUAGACCAUGAAGAUGAUGUCCUUCUAGUAGGAGAUGACCCAUGGGAGGAAUUUGUGACUUGUGUUCGAUGUAUCAAGAUACUGUCCCCUCAAGAAGUCCAACAAAUGAGUUUGGAUGGAGAUUUUGGUAACUCUGUCCUUCCAAACCAAGCCUGUAGCAGCUCUGACAACGGUAACAUGGAUUGUGGUUUACCAAAGAGCUAACAAUUGUUCUUCCUGAAUGGAAGCUUAAGUGACUUAAAUGAAGGAAGCAUUCAGAGGAAAAGAGUGACGGUUUUGGCAGUUAGUUAGCCCUUCACUGGAAUUUUGGUCCAGUUACGACACCUUCAUGUCAGAUCAGAAGUAGAAGAAACAGGUCACACUCUUUUUCCAAAACAUGUGGAACCGAGUUUGGUACAUGCUACCAUUAAAGUCAUCAAUAUAUUGAUUCUCCAUAUUUGGCUUUGAAUCUAACAUUUGAUCUUCCCACUCAGAUGUGUAAAAUUUGCGGCAAUGUAAAAGAAAAUAAUUUAUCUGUAUGGCACUAUGGCUUAGUUUCAACUGUAUAAGCAAAGGUGUAGUUUUGUUCUUCAUUUUCUUCCUUAUUUUCCGUGUAUUUUCCCUCUGUUAAAUCUUUACCUCAAACCCCUUUCUCA